AUCCAGUGGAUGAAGGAAGAAAUUGAAACACAACGGGGCUUCAGGACUUUUCAAGGUCCUGCUGGUAGUUAAGGCCCGUGCUCAGUUUCAGAAGAAGCCUGGAAAAAACCAAUCGCUGAGUUAAAAAGAGUCGGUGCCAAAACGAGAUGGGAAGGCUUCCUCCCGCGGAUCACAGUUAGGAAAAAGAGUGGGCGCUGUCUGCGCGGAACCUGGGCCACGAACAAAGAGGGUUUGGGAAGCCUCUCAGAUACUGAAUCCUAACAGGCUUUUGAUCACAGUUACGGCAAAACCAAACACGCUUACAGGCGGGCAGCGAGCAGUUCCACACUGGUCCUCUGAGUCCGUCCUCCAGCAGGGCUGGGAGAGGGCGUUGUUACCCUCGCUUUGUGGAGGGAAUGAACAGAGGCCGCGCGUCUUAAGGAUCCUACACUGGCACCACUGCACAGCAGCUCUGAGUCUUCCACCGAGCUCACUCGUUAACAUUCUCUCUUCCAGGAUAAACUGGAAAGGAUCCUGGUUGGCCAAAGAGCGGGGACCCCUGAGGCACGAAGUUAUUUCUUUAAGGCCACAGGGGGGAGCACGCGCCGGUGUGGAAGGGAACCCGAGACUCCCGAGUGGGGAGCAUGGAUGCUCUCAGCCAAUCCCCUGCAGAAGCUGUGCUUCCCAAGCACAUCUUGGAUAUCUGGGUCAUUGUCCUCAUCAUCCUGGCCACCAUUGUCAUCAUGACCUCCUUGUUGCUGUGCCCAGCCACUGCAGUCAUCAUCUACCGCAUGAGGACUCAUCCCGUCCUCAGCGGGGCCGUCUGAGAACCAUCCAAGAGGGUCAGCUUGGGGAUGCGGACACGCCUGUUCUCAGGAGAAGUAGGAUGAACUUUGGAGUUACACUUGCAUUCUGAUUUUGAUUCUGCAGCCGGCCAACCGUGUGAAUUUGGUUAAGCGACCUAACUCUGAGUUCCAGGUUCCUUAUCUUUCAGCUGGGGAUCAUGAUCCUCAACCUUCCUACCUCAUAGGCCUGUGAGAACCAAAUGACUCAAGGAAGAUGAAAGCUGUUUGUGAGCUGCAAGGCCACCACAGGCCUCCAGGUGUUGACACAGUGUGCUGAAAUGCUUUGAAGAACCAAAGAACCUAAAAGCUGGUGAUGGCCUUAAAGGUGGUAAGGGGAAUGCUGGGAACAGAACAGCCUUUGCCCGUGCUCCUCAAGGGAAACCAAGUAAAGCCAUUCUGUCCUCGCUCAAAGGGACCAGCAGCACAGUAGCUCGAUUAUUUUCUUUAUAGAUUGCUACUCCCUCAAAUUUUGUCAGUUGGGGGAGUGAGGGCUGAGUUUGACAGAGGAAGAGAGGUGGGUAGAACUUUCCAGAACCUUCUCUGUGCCAGAGUUUCUGCCCCUGUGUAAUCCAGAGGAGGAUCCCACCAUUAUCUGGCAGUGAUAAGGAAGUUGGGGUAAUGGGCUUCUUUCCGCAUUGGAGUCUCAGGUCUCUGUUAACGUUGACAUUAAAGCAAUGUUGGAAAAUGCAGGGUAGCCAGAUAUGGUGCCCAGCUUUCAGGACCUCCAGACCCAUCCCUUGCGUGUCCUACACUAGAGAUGCUGUGUCACUGUUUCCCAGCUCCUGGUAUAGUGGCUUCAAAUGUACUCGCUUCCCUCUACCCCACUGGCACUGCAGCCAAUCCAAGGUACUUAUAUUUCAGGAUAUUCCAAGGCAUUUGGGAUCAAAUUAAAGUAAUGAUGGUUAUUUUAGAUGCUAUGAUUUAUGUUUAUAUAGAGAUAUUUCCAGACCACUGAAGUUCUUGGUUACCCAAAUCAGAGGCAUCCUAAAAUUUGUUAAAUUAUGUUAGAGGAUAGCACAGAUAGUAGAGUAUUACUAUGUACAAAUGAUGCCUUUCCUUGAUUUUAUUUCAUUGAUGUACACAACCCAUUUCCAAUAAAAUGUUAGA